AUGUCAGAGAUCAAACCAUUCACCAUCGCCGUGCCGGAGACGGCGAUCCGGACCCUCCAUGCUAAGCUGGAUCUCGCGACGUUCCCCGAGGAGGCCAGCUUCCUGGAGGACUGGGGAUCGGGCGUGCCCCUCGGCGAGAUCAAGCGUCUUGCGCGGUACUGGCGGGAGGGGUUCAGCUGGCGCGAGCAGGAGGCCCGGCUGAACGAGCUGGCUCAUUUCACGACUGAUGUCUCGGUCGAGGGGUUCGGGGACAUUAACGUCCAUUUCGUGCAUGCGAAGAGCACGAGGCCGGGGAGCAUCCCGCUGCUCUUCUGCCAUGGAUGGCCUGGGUGCUUUCUCGAGGCCAUCAAGAUCAUUCCGCUGCUCACCGAGCCCAGGGACGAGAAAGACCCUUCGUUCCAUGUGGUCGUUCCAUCGCUGCCCAACUUUGGCUUCUCUCAGAUCGUCUCGAAGCCCGGGUUCAGCGGCCCUCAGUAUGCCGAGACCAUGCACAAGAUUAUGCUGAAGCUGGGAUACAACCAAUACGUGACCCAAGGCGGCGACUGGGGCUUCCUCAUCACCCGCCUCAUGGCAAUCCAGUACCCAUCCCACUGCCUGGCCACGCACAUCAACACCGUCAUGGCCAGCCGCCCAUCCCUCAAGACGCCCCUCCAGUACCUCCUCCACGCCAUCCUCCCCUACUCAAAGGAGGAGAAGGCCGGCCUGGCGCGCACGGCGCAGUUCCAGGUCACGGGAACCGGCUACAGCACCGAGCAGGGCACCAAGCCCUCCACGCUCGGCCUCUCCCUCGCCGACUCCCCGCUGGGCCUGCUCGCGUGGAUCUACGAGAAGCUGCACGACUGGUCCGACGCCUACCCGUGGACCGACGACGAGAUCCUCACAUGGAUCUCCAUCUACCAGUUCUCGCGCGCGGGGCCCGCCGCCAGCGUGCGCAUCUACCUCGAGGCGCGAGGCCUGCUCAAGGACGGCGGGGACCUGCGGAGUAAGGCGGCCGAGUACGUUCCUGGCGUGAAGCUCGGGCUCAGCUACUUCCCGCGGGAGCUGCUGGUGCUGCCGCUGCGGUGGGGGAGGACGCUGGGACCCGUGGUGUACGAGGCGAGGCACGAGGCUGGGGGGCACUUUGCCGCCUAUGAGAGGCCCGAGGAGCUGGCGGGGGAUGUGAAGAGGAUGUUUGGGCGGGAGAAGGGGGGCGCAAGGGAGGUGACGAGGCGGUUUGCCGUGAGGACGGAGGCGAGGCUUGCUAGUCGCUGUAUCGCCAUUGCCAGUAUGACAAAGUCAAGCGGCUCCAUCCUGCUCACAGGCGCCAGCGGCACCAUCGGCAGCGCAAUCGUAUCCCGGAUCGCAUCAAACCCUGCGCUCUCAGCCGAAUAUCACGGCCUCUACACAGCUCGCAAGGCAGAGACGGCAUCGGAGCUGAAGAGCGCGCUGUACAGAUCUCACUCGUCGUCCGGAUCGACGUCCCCUCACCCCCACGACAUCCUCAGCCUCGAUCUCUCCAACCUCUCCGCCGUGCGUGACGUCGCGGCCAAGAUCAACGCCCGUGUGGCCUCUGGGGACAUCCCGCCCCUUCGCGCCCUGAUCCUCAACGCGGGCUAUCUCGAGUUCACCGAGCAGAGAUGGACCGAGGACGGCUUCGACAUGACCUUUGCAACCAACUACCUCGGCCACUGGCUCCUGGCCAUGCUGCUCCUCCAGAGCAUGGAUAAGGAAUCGGGACGCAUCGUGUUUGUGACCAGCGAGUCUUACGACCCUCUUAACCCAAAGAACGCACACGCCGGCUUCGCCAACAAGAAAUGGCACCAGUUCAUCACAUCCGGCACCUUCGAGCCCAUCGCAAGGGGCACAUGGAGCAGCUCGGCGGACGACCCAUCCCCGGAAGGCGGCUACCGACGCUACGGAGCCUCCAAGUUCUGCCAGGCUCUCACAAUAGGCGAGCUACAACGCCGCCUAGACGCCGACCCGGCCCUCGCAAACAUCUGCGUCCUCGGCCUAGACCCGGGCACCGUCCCGACCAACAUCACCCGCCGCGGGCCCUGGCUCAUCCGCGUCUUCGUGCCCCUCUUCAUCAUCAGCGUCGUCGGGCCGCUGAUGACGUGGUUCAACCGCAACGGGGCGCUGCGCACCGUGGCGCUCGCGUCCGAGGACCUGGUCGACGCCGCGUUGGGCACCGCCGCCGCCGCGCCGUUUGGGGGCAAGCCCAAGGGUCUGUUCCUGUACGGGUCGAGGGUGGAGGAGAUGACGGCCGAGGCGCGGGACGAGGAGAAGAGGCGGCUGCUGUGGCGGGAGACACUGGGGUAUACGCAGUUGAAGAAGGACGAGACGGUGCUUGACUUUUCGGGAUAG